AUGGAAAAUCAAUCCCAGAAUGCUAAAGAUGUUCCACUUGAGUCAUCUAGAUAUUCAGAGGAGAAGUUUUAUGGAAUCGAUCCUCAGCUGGAGGAUUUGAUCUUCGAAAUUCAGCAACAAGGGCCAGUACCGGAAGCAAAUGCCGGCGACCGGAAAUACGCCUCCGACGACCAGAAUGCACCAAACGCAAUCAACCCGAAGCAAAAAUGGUUUAUCCGGCGAAGAACCAGCCACAGAACCAUGCGAACAACAAAACUGCCCACACACCCAGCCGCCGGCCAGCUGGUUAUCAGCAUCAGCAACAGAAUAAUACUGGUGGCGGCUUUAGUCGCCGUCGUGGCCUUCACCGCGGGGAUCAGCCCUCCCGGCGGUGUCUACAGGGAGGGAGAACUCGCCGGGAAGGCAAUCGCCGGGGAAACAAAAGCUUUCAAGGUCUUCUCGGUCUGCAACCACGUCGCCUUAUUCUUGUCGCUCUUGAUUGUUUUGAUUAUGAUCACUCUUGUUCCCACUGUGAAAAGAGUGAAACACUACCUGUACUUCUUCACGGUGAUCAUGUGGUUGGCGGUGUCCUCCAUGGCCGCCGCUUAUGUUGCUGCUAUAUGGGUUGUUCUGCCACAAGAGGAGUACUGGACGAUGCAUCGCGUGGUGGUGUUAACAGGAUUCUAUACCCUUUUGCUAUCAGCUUCGUUUGUGUGUGGGACGAUCUUGAGGCCUAAAGUACGUAAGCUACUUGGUAUAAAAUCAGAAACAGACAGUCCCCAGCCCCAGCCCAUCACUUCUGAGACAGAUGUGGAGAAGGGAGAGUGCAUUGGACACACACAAUAA